AUGGAGCGAUCCAAGCCUAAGCAAGAUAACAUCGCCUCGCUACUGAAUGAUGUGCAACGCAUCAGACAACAGUUUACAUCUAGCAUCCCUGUUCUUGAUACUAGAAAUCAAGCUAUGUAUCUUGCUGACGAGACAACUUGCGAAUUCUGUUUGGAAUCUGAUAUCGAAGCGGCGGAGAUGCUUUCCGUUGCAUCCUGUCCUCAUAAAGCCUGCGAGAAUUGCCUGAAAAGACAUAUAGAAUUGGAACUAGAACAUGGAAGAAGUAUACCUAAAUGUCCUGAAGAUGGCUGCGAAUCUAACCUAGAUCGUAGAAGCUGUGCACAUCUUUUGACACCUAAAUUACAAAAGAUGUGGAAACGACAUGACCCGGCUCCUGAAUGGGACAGGUUUCAUUGUCCAAAUCCAAGCUGUUCGGCUUUGAUGUCGAAAACUAAACUCUUUGAGUCAUCCGAAGAAGAGGGAGUUAGGAGGUGUUGCUUUAAAUGUUGUACACCUUUUUGCAUCAACUGCAAAGUCUCAUGGCAUAGUAACUUGUCGUGCGAGGAGUACAAGAGUUCGGUUCCUAAGCCUAUUACAACACUGUGGCUAUACGUUUUGCUACACAUGUGGAGCUCAAUGGAAGCUUGGACUUGGAGGUUGCUCUCAUAA